ACCACAGCUGCGACUGUGUGAGAAAAAAAAAUACUUGCUUACUCGAGGUGAACGUAUUGCUCUUCGGGUCCAAAAACGCUGUCAGCGCUGACAACCGAGCCAAGGCGGGUUUGUGUUCCUAGAUUUUCGAUAUCUUAUCAAUCGUUCGGCGCGUAGCCUGGCGCUGUUUGAUCUCGUCACCGCACGUUGAACCCCGUUCUCCGCGUAGAUUCCGCCCAUGGCCGCCGCGACUAUCCCAGAGCCAUUGCCGCUGACGGAAGACACUGCGCUUGCGGAGAAGACGGCAGCAUUGUCUGUACAAGAUGUUUCGGUCGCUGAAGGCAGCGAGGCGUCUUCGAUCAAGGAUCCUCUGCCGCUGACAGAGCAACCCGUCGCAUCCGUGUCCGCUCCGUCCAUGGACGAGCUUGCGCCCAAAGGACCAAUUGCAAAGCCCAUUCCGUACCCGUUGCCGACCUGCAAACCGGAGCCGGCCGCAGAGCUUACGGCGGAGCAUCAGAAGAAGUAUGACGAGCUGCUGGCCAUAGUAAAGGCGUGGACAGAGAUUCCCGUCACGUCCGCAAAAGGGGCCAAGUCAGAACCCCUCGACGACACAGAUAGGCUGUGGCUCACGCGUGACUGUCUCCUUCGCUACCUUCGCGCAACCAAGUGGAAUGUGCCCCAAGCCGCCGACCGUCUGAGGUCGACGUUGACCUGGCAGCGCGAAUUUGGCGUCCGCUCGACCAUCGACGCGGACUACGUCUCGCCGGAGAACGAGACGGGCAAACAGGUCAUCAUGGGCUUCGACGUGCACGGCAGGCCGUGUCUGUAUCUCAAUCCUGGCAAGCAGAACACCGACUUCAAGGAGCACGGCGAGCGUCAGACGAAGCACCUCGUCUUCAUGCUGCAGAGGGUCAUUGACAUUCUGCCGCCCGGCCAGGAGAGCGUGGCCCUGCUGAUCAACUACAAGGACACGAGCAACAGCAAGAACCCGCCCAUGAGCCAGAGCAGACAGGUCCUGAGCAUCCUGCAGACGCACUACCCCGAGCGUCUCGGCAGGGCGCUGAUCUCCGACCUGCCCUGGUACGUGACCACCUUCUACAAGCUCAUCUCGCCCUUCAUCGACCCGGUCACCAAGUCAAAGAUGAAGUUCAACGAGCCGCUCACCCAGCACGUGCCCGCCGAGCAGCUCCUCAAAGCCUACGGCGGCAAGGUCGACUUCGAAUACGACCACAAGGUGUACUGGCCUGCGCUGAACGAGAUUUGCGACGCGAGGCGAAGGGACUACGCGGCUCGAUGGGAGAAGGCCGGCAAGCAGAUUGGCGAGCAUGAGGCGUACCUGCGGGGAGGCGACGCGAAGAGCUUGAACGGUGAGCACACCGGCACUUCCUAUCCGGCAGGCUUCGCGGCGUCUGCUUAGAUCGCGAAGGUCAGGCAUGUUUUCGGGGUGGUGAAGGGACGGAGGGGAAGGUGCAAAGGGGGCUUUUCUACACAAGGGUUGCGUACACAUAAAUUUAUAGAGGCGUACGCGAGCCGCACUCCUAUAGAAAAGAAGGACGCUAUGCACGGCUUAAAAGCUCGGUGAAUCUCGUUUGGCAUGCUAAUACAAUUGGAUACUAAUAAUAAUUGUAAACCCCCUUUGCAAGGGGUGACUUGAUGCGUUCGAGCAAGUCUGGACGGAGCACGAUCAUGACGACUCAACAUGUGUG